AUGGCGGACGUCGAGCGUGCCUCUGCCUCUGUAAGGGUGACAGGUCGGACCUGGUACCACACAACUCUCUUCAAUGCGUUCAUAAUUGGAGGCGUGGGUUUCAUGGCCCCAGGCCUAUGGAAUGCUAUGAGUGCUCUCGGUGCUGGAGGAGCCCAAUCUCCAUAUCUGGUCAACGCAGCUAAUGCUCUGGUCUUCGGCUUAAUGGGGAUACUCUGCCUUAUUGGUGGCCCCAUCGCUAACCGCAUCGGUCUCUCGUGGACCCUACUCCUAGGUGCCGUCGGGUAUCCUGUUUACUCGGCUGGUCUGUACGCAAACAACAGAUAUGGGAAUGAAUGGUUCGUCCUCGUAGGUGCCGUGGCCUGCGGCAUCUCAGCCGGUCUAUUCUGGGCAAGUGAGGGCGCGAUCGCACUGGGUUACCCCGAGCCAGGAAAGCGAGGCAGGUACAUGAACAUCUGGCUGUGGUUCCGCACGGGCGGACCCCUCCUCGGCGGCGCGAUCGUGCUGGCGCUGAACAACAACGCGGCGGCCAAGAAGAAGGGCAAGGUCGGGCACCAGGUGUACAUCAUCUUCAUCGCGCUGCAGUGCCUGUCCGUGCCGCUGGCGUACUUCCUCUCACCGCCGGAAAAGGUACAGCGAGCCGACGGUAGCAAGGUUAUUAUCCGCGGGGAGAAGUCGUUCAAGGCUGAGCUGCGGGCGCUGUGGCAGGUCAGCAAGCGCAAGGAUAUCCUCCUGCUGCUGCCUGUUUUCUGGGCCGCAUACUUCAACCAGUACUCGGGAAACUUCCAGACAUACUACUUCGGCGUGCGGGCACGAGCGCUCAUCGGCUUCGUCAGCAACUUCGGCACCCUGUUGUCAUCUCAGCUCAUCAGUACUCUGCUCGACUACAAAGGAUUCUCGGUCAAGAAGCGCAUCACGAUCGGGUUCUACUACACCAUUGUGCUGCACAUCGUCGCGUGGGUGUACGGCUGGGUCAUACAGGAGAAGUACACGGCCAACCCGCCGGCGCUCGACUGGGCCGACAAGGGCUUCACCGAGGGCUUCUUCGUCCUCCUGCUGUGGGACUUUGCGCGCCAGGCCUUGCAGAACUGGCUUUACUACCUGCUCGCCACUAAGACGGACAAUAUCUCGGAACUGAGCCGUUUCUCGGGCAUCCUCAGGGGCCAGGAGAGUUUCUCGCAGGCGGUUGCGUUUGGUCUGAACACCCAGAAUUGGCACGGUGGUCGUGUGCCGUUAAUCGUGAACACCAUCUUGCUUGUUCUCGCCGUCUAUCCUACUUACAUUGUUAUGCGAGACCACGUGCCCGUAGAAGCAGGUGCCAAGCAGGCGGUGGAAGAGGCCAGCAUCGAAGAGGCUGGGCCUGAAGGAAAGUCUGAGUUCACGGUCCAGACAGCCUCGGCAGGGAAGGAUCUACCACGCACAAGCAUUGCGAGGGAUAGGCCUAUGUAA